AUGGCAGGUAAUGAGGAACGCGCGGUGAUUGAAGCUGCAAGGCCCAGUCUGGCUAAUAUGACUGAGGCUAUUGUGAACCCUGACAUCACUGGGCACUUUGAGCUGAAACAAUACAUGGUGCAGUUGAUCCAAUCCACAGGGCUGUUUGUGGGUUUACCUCAUGAAGACCCUCAGAGGCACAUUCAGAAUUUCUUGGAAAUUACGGAUACCUACAACUAUCCGAACGUUUCCAAGGACUAUGUCAGGCUAACAUUUUUCCCCUUUUCACUGAUUGGGGAAGCUAAGGAGUGGUUGAAUAAAGAUCCAGCAAAUUCAAUCCUCACCUGGGAUGAUCUGACGGACGAGGUAUUGGGUCACACUUUUGUAGAUGGGUUAGAUGAUGCUUCAAAGAUGAAUCUUGAUUCCGAUUGUGGGGGUAGUUGCAUGGACAGACCGUACAGUGAAAUCCAAAUCUUGCUAAAUAACUUCACUGUUAAUGAUAAUAACUGGGAAGGUGAGGGUGAUUCACGAAAGCAACCACAGAUAAUGCAACACGUACAACAGAUGACUAUUUGUUGCGAACUCUGUGGUGACAGUCAUAUGAGUGAUAUGUACCCCACGAAUCCAAAAUCCAUCUAUUAUGUGGAGCAACAGAACAGAGGUCCACCGAAUCAGCAUGCACAAUACGGGAAUUCUUACAAUCGAAGUUGGAGGAAUCAUCCCAACUUCUCAUGGGGUGGAAAUCAGCAGAAUCAGAAUCAGCAUAGACCCCAAGGGAAUUUCAAUCAGCCUCAGAGACCACCCCAACAAAUGGAAGAAAGUACCAAUGAUCUGCUAAAGAAGUUGUUGAUUGACAAUCAGCAACUCAGGACUAACUUCAGAAAUCUUGAAAGGCAAAUGGGGCAGUUAGCAACAACUCAAAACACUAGACCUGCAGGCGCCCUCCCCAGUGAUACAGAAAAGAACCCUCAAGUGAAUGCAGUUACACUUAGAAAUGGGAGGGAGCUAGAGGAAGUGCCAAAGAAAAAGAAAGACAAGCCCAUACCUGAGGGAGAGUUGAUCCCUAAAGUGACUCAAGAGCAAAAGAAUGCUGCUGAAAUUUCAGAGCCCAUGGAGGCCCCUAGACCACCACCACCUUUUCCCCAAAGAUUGCAGAAAAAGACUGAUGAUCGCAUGUUCACAAAAUUCCUCUCUAUGUUGAGCCAAGUUCAAUUGAAUAUCCCACUCGUUGAUGUGCUUCGUGAAAUUCCAAAGGUCCAAAAUAAGCUCCCUCAAAAGCUUAAGGAUCUCGGCAGCUUUACGAUUCAUGUGCGUAUUGGUAAUGUUGAUGUGGGUCGUGCUCUUUGUGAUUUGGGGGCAAGCAUAAAUUUGAUGCCCCUAUCUUUGUUCAAACAACUGGGUCUAGGAGCUCCAAGGCCAACUACUGUGAUGUUGCAGCUAGCUGACAGAUCGAUAGCACACCCUGAAGGGGUGAUUGAAGAUGUGUUGCUGCAGAUUGGGAAAUUUAUCUUCCCAGCUGAUUUCAUUAUCCUCGAUUAUGUGGCUGAUGAACUGGUUCCAAUCAUAUUGGGGCGACCCCUCUUAGCUACUGGUGAUGCAAUUAUCAAAGUGAGAGAGGGAAAGAUGAUUUUGCGGGUAGAUGACAUGGAAGCAGUUUUUAAUGUCUACAGAGCAAUCCAACUUUCCCGCCACUAUGAGGAGCUCUCAAUGAUAUUUGUUGUUGAGGCUGAUGAGCAGAUUCGUUAUCCGAGUGUAUAUCUAGACGAUUCUCUAGAGAAAGCACUUAUGUUACUUGAUAGCCUGGGGGCUGAUGAGGAGGUUGAGGAGAUGAUGCACAUCCUUGAUACAUCUUGUGUGUACCUGCAAGGGACGCACCCCUUCGAGCCUUUGAAUAGACCAGAGGGGCCUCCUCUAAGGCCAUCAAUUUAG